AUGGGAGACGAUCCUCCUCCCUUACGCAAAAUCCAACAUGGCAAAGGCUCCUCCACCGCCAGGAAACUGAAGCGCAGGAGUGGUGACUCGGUCCUCACUCCUCGCACCUUCGCCCCGGGCGAUAACAACAGGAGGGACAAAGAAAAGGAGAUGGCGGCCAGUUUUUUACAGUUCUGCGCCAUGUGCGAGAAGCAGAUUAUGACUCCAUGCAACUCGAUUCUUUACUGCAGUGAAGCAUGUCGUCGUAAGGACGCCGCGAAGCCUCUCUCGGCUUCGAACCUGUCCGCGGUUGAAUCCUCUACAACACCGCCGCCGUCCCUCCCCUCGUCCCCGCGUCCAACCAUAACAACGCGCGUUUCCAGCAGCGGCGCCUCCCCAGAAUAUCAAGAUCACAAACCUGCUGGCAUUCGGAUACCCUUUGAUCUUCACGAUCACCGCUCAGAUCUUGACCCCACGGAAUGGAAACCCAAAAUACCUCACAGUCGCGGCGCCUCGACCAACUCUGAGGCGUUUCGCUAUCUCAGUCGCUUCCACCAGACACACAAUAUAGCCUACAACAACAGCAACAACUCUUCUUCUUCCGAUCAUUCUUCUGACAACCACAGCCACAGCCACCAUGUCAUCAAGUCUGUCGACCACCGCCCAGGACCAGCAAUGCGGCACAAGAGUACUUUGAGCAUGUCCACCUUGACGCCCAGCACAACAACGCCUAGUCUCGCCAACAGCCCCACCACAACAUCAUCCAGCUUUGGCAGCAUGUACGAAUUCAACCUGCGCCCACUGGCUCCCCGCACCAACCCGCUGUAUAGCACCAGCGCCGGCCACUCCAGGAGCAUCGAUCUGGUGACGCCCCAUAUCCCGCCUCCCGUUGCUCCUACAGUCGUAGGCGACAACGUUGCGCUUCUUGCCGGGUCGAUUCCCGCGGCGGUGGAGUCCGAGGUUAACGACCUCUGGGGCAGGAAAGUCGUGAAGCCUGUCGUGCCCGUCGCGACACCGAAGGGUGAAGGCCUAGGCGCGUUGUUCGGCAAGGAUUCUUGA